AUGGCUCUACAAGAAAUUAGAUGGCCAAACGACGGAAGUAUGAAAAAAGAAGAUAAAACAAUAUUCUACAGCAGAAGAAAGGAUGGAAGACAUGAAAAUGGUGUGGGAUUUAUAGUGAGUGACGAUACAUUACCUCAAGUAAAAGAAUUCACCGCAGUAAAUGACAGGAUAUGCUACAUUCGAGUCACGGGUCGCAUUUUCGAUAUCAUUAUUAUAAACGCAUAUGCGCCAACCGAAGAGAAAGAAGAAAAUCUUAAGAAUGAAUUCUACGAUGAGCUCGAGAACAUACUUGAGACCACAACGAAUAACUGUAUCAAAAUAUUAAUAGGUGACUUUAAUGCAAAAAUAGGAAAGGAGGAUAUGUACAGACCCACAAUUAGACCCAAUAGCUUACAUGACGUAAGUAACGAUAACGGAACCAGGUUGAUCAACAUGUGUUUAGCAAAAGGAUUUACAAUUAGUAGUACAUACUUCCCAAGGAAGGACAUACACAAACAAACUUGGAUAGCACCUAAUGGAAUAACUAAAAACCAGAUCGACCACGUGAUGAUACAGAAUAAACAUAAAGGAUGUAUAAAAAGUGUCAGGAGUUAUAGAGGGGCAGACGCCGACUCAGACCACUACCUUGUAAUUACAAAACUUAAGAUUAGAUUAUCCGAAAGAUGGAAAAAAGUGAAAAAUAAAGGAUCUGUAAAAUACUGUAUAGAAAAACUAUCAGAUAGGGAGAUAUUAGAGGAAUACAUUUGUAAAACACAGCAAGAACUACAAAAGGCCAACAAAAAAGCAGAUGAAGGUGAUAAUGUUGAACGAAUAUGGGACAGAAUUAGAACAGCAUUCAGUAGUCAACAAUGCAAGGAAGCAAUAGAGAGGAGAAAUUGCGCACGAGAAAAAGCUAUCAAGGACCCGAGUGAUAUAAAUAUAGAAAGAUAUAAAAACAUCAAAAAAGAAACUAGUAGAGUACUAAGAUGUGAAAAAAGACUGUCAGAAAAGAGAAAGAUUGAGGAAAUUGAAGAAAAUAAAAAUAACUCCAGAAGAUUCUUCAACAAUAUUGCCAGCAUUAAACGGGGAUACAAACCGCAGACUAGAAUUUUAAGAAAUGAAUUAGGCGAGUUAGUGACAAAAGAGGAAUUAGUAGUAGAAGAAUUUAAAAAACAUUUUGAAUGUCUUCUAAACAAAACAGCAAUAACAUCAACACAUGAAGAAAUAGAUUUGCAAUAUAGUUCAGCGGAACCAUAUAUUGAAGCCCCAACGAAACGGGAAAUCUAUAACAUCAUAGAAAAACUAAAAAACAAUAAAUCACCUGGAGAAAAUAACAUAGUUGCGGAAUUACUAAAAAAUGGAGGAGAAAGGAUCAAAUGUGAAAUUUGGAAAAUGAUUAAGGUAAUUUGGGAAACCGAAGAAAUGCCAGGAGAGUGGAACACGGCAAUACUAUGUCCAAUAUUUAAAAAGGGACCCUAG